AUGCAGAUCUCUUGCAGUGUACUGGGUCUAGCGGCCGUGAUCGCAUGGCCUCUCUUCAGCAGCGUAAUCGCCGGUCGAGUGCGUCGACAGAGCCCCCUCAAAUACGACUUGCCGGAUGGAGCGGACCUCAUUGUGGGGCCUUAUACCACUAAUUUUCGAUGCCCUGAAACGUACGGAUUUUUCGCGGACGUCGAGAACAACUGCCGUCUUUUCCAUCUCUGCCAUCCUCUUCCGCGGGAUAACGGUAACUCUCAUGCCGUGCCGAUCCAAGUUCAACACUACACGUUCUUCUGCGGUAAUGAAACGAUAUUCGACCAACUCUCGCUCUCGUGCUCAUACCCUGAGGAUUCGAUCCCUUGUGAGAACUCGCCAGAUUUCUUCUACCUGAACGAUAACUUCGGCAGCGAAGGACCUUCUGUCACGGACGAAGAUCUUGCCCGUGUUCAGACCCUCGUUGCGAAGUACGAUCAGACCGCUCUGAACAAAUAAUAAUCUGAGCGCCAUGGGGAUCCAGACCCAUCAUCUGGGUCGUGGCUAACGGUCAAUUCCUUAGUCCACUUUUUUCCUGAGAAAUUCUCGGAAGUCGGAAGGUGUCUAUCGCCCUCCCGUCGGACACUUCCACGUCUAUACAUGGGAGGGAACCACUCCCGAUGGAAUUCUUCGGUUGGGCACGAUUCCAUCGCCAUGUACCCCCGAGUCAACCUGCACUGCGCCGCUCUCGGAGGACUCGGCACUCUGAUCACUUUCCGGAAUUCGCCCUUUAUUGGGAGCGAUUAUCGGGGAGAUAAGACC